AUGCGGAAAACAACCUCAUUCGGCCUCGCCGUCGGUGUUCUUGCUAUGUUGGCUGGAAGAGUGCCCGCCGAACUGCCCUACAACCCUUCAUACAUCAGCAACCCGGUUUCACCAAACCAAACGGAGGUCUUCAUCCUUUCUCCACAAAAUUCGGCCUCUUCGAAUAGAUUCCGGCUUCAGUCUCUGGAUAUUUCGACUUCGUUCGCGGUCUCCCAGCUCCCGAUCUCAGAGAAUUUUGUUAACAUGCCUUUUGUUACGGAUGAUGGCUCAAAUUCCUUUAUCUCCACUACUGACGCCGCAGGGACCCUGACGGUUUAUGCUGGAGACUGCCACACCAACUCUUCUACAGUCUGGCGACUACUGCGUACCUAUGGGGAUUCGUCCAAUAAUUUGAAGUGGCAGGAGUUACCAGUUCUUUCUGCCGGAGGCGAACACGUCCGUGGACCUUCAUAUUUAUCUGCAGCUGUUUCAUAUUCUUCCCCGGUGCCACCGUCACUGCCGGGCCUCUUCGUUUUUGGAGGAAUGUGCCCAUGGGUGGACAAAAAGGAUAAUAGCUGGGUCUCUGCGGCCGACUAUUCCAAAUCUAUCACGUCUCUCACUGCUGAUAAGGCAUCUUCGAUCCCUUCCUAUCAAGCUGAAAUCAUAACGCCGGGAUCAUCUCCAGUUGCUGAAGCAGGAUUUGCCAUAACACCGUUGGGGCCAGCUUAUUCGAAUUCCUCCAGUGGUAAAACGAUCCAGCAUCAAAAUUUCGUUCUAACCGGGGGCCACACUCAGGGAGCGUUCAUCAACAUGUCCCAGGUUGCGUUGUUUUCUCUCCCUGAAGCUACCUGGAGCUACGUGUUAGUCAGCCAGGACAGUGCAACUCCAUCUCUACCAGACCUGGACGGUAUCGACGGGGUGGAGCCGCGCUCCGGCCAUACUGCGUUAUUGUCACCAGACGGCAGCAAAAUUAUUGUUUUCGGUGGCUGGGUCGGUGAUAUCAGUCGUCCAGCCCAACCUCAACUUGUUAUUCUUGAGCUGGGAGCGGCGUAUGGAGGAUCUGGACACUGGAAGUGGACUGUACCUCGCCAGACCAUGCAUGGACCAAAGCCUGGUACCGGGAUUUUUGGCCAUGGCGCGGCAAUGCUUCCUGGCGGUAUAAUGUUUGUAACCGGAGGCUAUUCGAUUCCCCAGUCGGCUCCGAAACAAUCACGUACGGACCUUACCGCUAAUACCAAAGGAUAUCUCUUUAACACGACUUCGGAGACUUGGAUCACGUCUUACAUUCCUACGAACAACAUGAGCCCCUAUCGCCAUGCGAAUCAUGGACCUCUUUCGCGGAACUCACAAAAAGCUGGCCUUGGGCUUGGCGUCGGCAUUGGGCUUGUGAUUGUCACUGUUAUAGCAUUUCUUGUUUACCGCCGUCGCUCUCGUCACGCUCGCGAACGUCGCAGAACUCGGGAGCAAGUGCUCCGUAGGCUUGCUUUGGGAGCGGAGCGUCCACAUCUGGACCCUUCGGGGAACGUUCACCAGCCGACGAACAACGUCACGGCAGAAAAAUUGGCUCUCUAUCCCAAUGCAUACUCAUGGGUUGGCAAUCCCAGCAAUCGUGACUCUAAAGAUACUGGCACUGCGUCUGCGGAAAGAACAGGGCUUCUGGUAGAUAUGCCAAGUCCCACAAGAGGUCUUCGACGGAGUGUGCAUUACAGAGGAUGUCAAUCCUCUCCAUGCUUUGAGAGUUCGAGAAGGAACGUAGGAUUCAGUGGUAUACAUCCGAUCGACGAGGGAGAUGAAUGUGAGGAUGCCAUUGACAACAGUGCGAUGGCGCUAGAGAAAGGAGCAACUCAACAGCAGAACCGGACAUCUGUUAUCUCCAAUCCGUUUAGUGAUUCUUCCCGCUAUAGCGAUUCUUACAGUGCCAGUUCGUUUCCGCAAGGCAUAGCGAUCCAUGAAAAAUCAUCCUCAAACGAAUGGACGGAUACUUCCGAGUCCAACGACACCGCCUCCAGGAGUUACUCUCCAGAUAAGAGUCUCCGAACACUAUCGGGUUUCUCUGAAGUUUCCAGCUCUUUCAUGUCGUCCUCCUCGCAGCCCGCAAAUCGUGUUUUUUUGAACAAAAACCUAGCGGACGGUCCAGCUGCGUUCGAGCCCAUCCAAAACUGGUCCCCUGAAAGCCACUUCCAAGGGCAGUUACAUGCACACUCUACCGGUGGUGGCAGUAGCUACGAUCCGGUCAACGAGUUAAGUACACAUACGACGUGGUCCUCGGACAACACCAUUGUAUCUCAAGGCCCUGCACAUAAUGCAACUUUCGGCCGAACACAAGCAGAAAACGAAUUUCUGCUUGGUGUUACGCCGUUGGAGUCAUCAAGGAGAGGGUUGAACGUGAUGCAGAACAAAGGUCGGGGAUUAGUUGGUAAUGUCCGCCGCACCCUCCGUUCCGUCAGGAGAGCUGAGAAUAUCGCAAAGUCGAAUUCCGUGAGCCUGGAAAAUAUGUCGUCAGGCUCUCAACGCUCUCAGCGACUAGAACAACAACAGCAGCAGCAGCAGCAGCAGCAGCAGCAGCAGUAUGAGCCAUACAAGCCGUAUCAGCAGCAAAUGAGUACAAGCACGAGUCCCACAAAGAGCCUAUAUAGUUUUCAGGAUGGGAGAGAAUCAACAACAACUUCGGAUUCACAUAGCAUUCCCGGACGCGCCAUGAGCUCCGCCUCGUCAAUCCUGGGGCGCAAGCAGGGUGCGAAGGACUGGGGUGCGAAGCGAUCCUCUGCUGAUAGUGCGCAGAUACGGCUGCUUCAGGCGGCGCGCGCUGCUGAUGCUAAUAAUCUCUACGGAGCAGCAUCGUCGUCGGAGAGUGGUGCUGGUAUGAGUUUAAGCAGCCAUUCACCAGAUCUCCUCGACUAUGAUGACGAUGAGGAGUGGGACGUGGAAGCAGCGGCGGAAGGCAGGUUGGUGCAAAUUGCCUAUACCGUUCCCAAGGAGAAGCUUCGGGUGGUCAAUCCUGGCGUUGGAGAUUAUGUGGACGAACGAUGA